CCCCGAACUCUGAACUUGUUGACCGUUUCAAAUGUCUUUCUUCGCCCGUGCAGGCCGCUUAGCAGCGCGUCGUGCUCAAGGAGCCACUCCACGCACGGUCGCGACAAAGAAAACGUCUGGUGUAACUAAGGCAUCUGCGAGCACUGCGGCCAAGGAUGCGAAUAACUCCAAGGAAACCGACCUGUUGCAGAGCAUAUCGGGUGUACCUGAAUCCUACGAGCCUGGUGUCGAGGGACUUCCGGAGGCCGUGACUUCAGCUUCCACCGCGUCCUUCGCGACGCCUCAGGCAGCCUUCGUCGGGGAACUACAGCCAGGAAAUGAUCCUCUCGCGACAGACUGGUCACGGAGCUACUAUGGGUUAUCCAGUCAGGCAUACUCCAAAGACAUUGCAGAUGUCCUACUUGCCCCGAUUGAUGAAAGGGACAUCGAAAUAAAACCUGACGGCUUGAUUUAUCUUCCGGAGAUUAAGUACCGUCGUAUACUAAACAAAGCAUUCGGUCCCGGAGGUUGGGGACUAGCUCCCAGAACCGAAACCAAUGUUGGUCCAAGAGUCGUCAGUAGGGAAUAUGCCCUUGUUUGCAUGGGAAGGUUGGUGGCGAUAGCCAGAGGUGAACAAGAGUAUUUCGACCCUUCUGGCAUUCCUACUGCUACAGAAGCGUGCAAAAGCAAUGCCCUCAUGCGAUGUUGUAAAGACCUUGGCGUGGCUAGUGAGCUGUGGGACCCUCGUUUCGUACGCGAGUUCAAGGAGAAGUAUUGCGUAGAAGUGUGGGGCGAGCACAUCACUACUAAGAAGAAGAAGAGGCUUUGGAGGCGCAAGGACCAACCGAAGUUAGAAUAUCCAUAUAGAGAGUAGACAUCACACUAUAACAAGAACUCCGUUCUUCGGUAAGGAGAGCUGCGUAUUCUCACAUUCUUCCUCUGCUCUCACCCAGUCGUAAACGCAAGCUAUCAGUUUGCUCACAUAGUCCUAUCCUGCUUUCGUACACUCGCAAGAUUGUUCUGUCAUCCUCUCUGCAGAAAACUCCGCUCUUAGGUCAAUGCCAUAACUAACAUGGAUGAUGAUUUCUCCGUGG